UAAGAAUGCAUUUUAUUAAUCUAGCCGCCUUUUGAGCGUGAAAUUAACUUUAAGAUUAACAUUAUUGUUUAAAGAUUUUCGGAAUAUUUCUUGUUACGCGUAAAAAAAUAUGUACCUCGGUGUAACAUUUUUCGUUUUGCUAACACGUCAGCCAUAUGGAAUUAAUUCAAUGCGUGCGUGCGUGCCAAACACUUACUUCGCACUGAAUGAUCGACUCUGUUUAUGCGAUCCCUACGGCAGGUUGAAUGAAGCCAAUUGCAAGACCAUUGCUCGGCCACAGCCAUGUCCGCCUGGCCAAGUUAUUAGACAAGGCUGCAACCAAUGCAUUUGCCAAGACAACGGCCAACUUAAAUGUACCAGCGCGUUUUGCUCCAAUCGGGUAACCAAGCCUGGGAUUAGCUAUCAUGGUCUCGUAGCAUAUGGUCCAAGGUGCACACCAUUCAGGUCUUAUUACGUAAACUGUAACCUCUGCUUUUGUCCAGCGUCGGGACAAGCCUCUGACGCCCAAUGCGCUGUUGACACUUCCUGCUCCUUAGACCAGACAUCUGAUAUCAUGACAAUAACAAAAAUAAACCAGUGUAUCCCUAACGUUAUGUACCUCCUCCCUUGCAUCGAAUGUCUCUGUUCUGAAUAUGGUAACUUCGUUUUUGAUAAAUGCUUGGAGAAAUGUCAGCCCCAAACCGAACACCAUCGCAGAUGCAUUCCAGGAACCUUGUACAGAAGGGAUUGUGAUAUAUGUCGAUGCCCUGACAACAGUAUACCUGAUGAAAAACUAUGCAUUAAGGCUGGUUGUAAUGCGGAUACAAAGCAAACAUAUUUACAUUCACUAAGGAGUUCCACAAAUCGCUGUACUCCUCGAACUUUUACGAAACCCAAAUGUAUUUAUUGCGACUGCACUUCAGAGGGCACUGUAAAUGAACAUUAUUGUCUAGAACUUGACUGCUCUAAGAUAUCCGAUUUCAAAUUUUACGCUGAAACAGACGUUUGUAGCCCUGGGGAACUCGUACCGAUUUGUAUGGAAUGCUUCUGUCUGAACAAUGGACUUACAAAUGAAACAUACUGUACUAGAGUUUGCACUUACCAAAGUAAACUAAAUAUUCUUGAAAAAGUAUUAAAUGAGAGUAAAGUCGAUACAACUUUAAUUGAUAAAAGUAAAAUUCAAACAGUUGAUUUGAAUAGAGCUUGUGAACCGAGCACUCUUUAUAUCGACAGUGGUAAAUAUUGCUUAUGUUCUGAUAACGGUGAUACCAACUUCAAAUUUUGUACGAAUUUUACUGAAGACUUGAACCAUAAGGAAAGUAAUAAAUCAAAAUUUGAUGCAACUACAAGCUGUGAACCAAGCACAUUAGUUGAUUUUGAUUGCAAUACAUGUUACUGUUCCAAAGAGGGGAAGAUAGAUCCAAAAUGGUGUACGUAUGAUGAUUGUGAAGCAAAAAGGAUAGUAAUGGAAUCACAUAAAAAUCUUCCACAUUCUGAGCAAAUAGAAAAUCCGAAUGGAAUUUGCACGCCUGGCUCUAUAUCUAAAGAGAAAUGCAACUUCUGUAUAUGCCCUGAAAGUGGGAUUCUAAGAGAACGCGCCUGCACCAAAAAUGACUGUUUCGACAACGUGGAAGUAACGAGUGAAAAAUUCGUUUGUGAACCUCUCGCUUAUUAUGAAGUCGACUGUAACAUUUGCUUCUGUCCUCGCGAUGGUGUCAAAAAUGUUGCGAAAUGUACAAAAAAUCAUUGCGAAAAGAGUUUUUUGAGGUCCGAAGCAUGUAUUUCUGGUCAUUUGUUCAGCGACGAGUGUGACGUUUGCGUGUGUCCACCAAAUGGUGAUAGAGCAGAUAGAGUAUGCACUAAUAACACUUGCAGCUUGCCAAGAUGGAGUACCUUUAAACUCACAGAUAGUGUCCUAGCAAACGAAGUUCAUAACGAUGAAGCCAGAAAUUUGGAGUUGUGCUAUCCGGGAGAAGAGUUUUCAAUGGGCUGCAAUAUAUGCGUUUGUACGGAUUUAGGUUUGAAAAUAUACGCGUCUUGCGAACCUGUAUUAUGUAAUGACAACACAGACAGAAUGAAAUUUACAUAUGGUGUUUUGGAUCAAAUGGAUAAAAUGGACGAACCCACAACAAAAACAGCCAUCACUUAUAGGAAUUCACAUUCUCGAGCUAAACGCGACAUUCACGACAAAUGCUACACUUAUCAGAGUGCGCUCAGUGAAGUCGAGAAAAUGGAUUGUACUCCUGGAUCUAUGUAUAUUAUUCGCUGUAAACAAUGCAUCUGUCCAUAUUCGGGACAAAUCCACGACUUCUGUCGUCCACUACCCAAAACCAUCUACUGUGAGCAAGCAUAUCCCGGAUUCAAUUUCAUACCAAUGGGACGACGUUUAGCUGGCAAGAGCAAUACUACAGAAGGAAAAUCCAAAACAACGAUGGAAAGCAUAACGUUAACAGUGAAACAUUUGAAGCAUACAACAUACAAAUGUGGUAAACCCGGCAAAGUCAUGGACCAGUGUUUCAUAUGCGAAUGUGAGGACAAUAUCGUGAUAGAAGAGCAUUGUUUUAAAAGUGAUGCUGAAAACUGUUCGAAUGCAACGCCGACUUUCUUUGAUGGCAAUACACUGAUUUAUGUAUAA